UAUUUUAAAUGAGCACUCUCAGUUGACGCAAUUAAGCGCUCGGACAGAGGCACAGCUUCAGCAAUUGUGGUCCGGGGGGACUUACCCCCGCCAACCCUCCUUUAACGACAGCCUGCCCAGCGAUGUCCUUCGUCAGGCACUGCAGAGGAGAAAGACGAAUCAGCACUCUCUCUUCAACCAUCAUCCCUCCCACUCUCCCUCCACAUUUCUGUGCUGCUCCAUCUCUUCUCAGACUUGUGGGGCUUUGUGGUGCAGCACAUUGAGGUGACUUCCUGCAGCUCCACAGCCAGACGAGACCACGCAGGAAGACACUGCUGCAUCAUUCAGCCUUGGCAGGAGGUUUCCUCUUUUUUUUGUUUAAAGUUGGAUGGGACUUUUUCAACAUGCUUAAGUCUCUAUUUGUAUAUGGAGUGUUGGGAGUGAUGCUCAUUCCAGUAAAAUCUCAGCUUAUGACCGUGUGCAUGGAAGAGGAUGAGGAACUGAGAGUAGACUGUCUGAUCGAGAACAAGCCUAAUAUAAUCAACACCUAUCAGUUCUCGUGGUCUAUCGGAGUCAGGCAGGAGAUCAUUAACACCAAUGUGUCCAGUGGGCCAGCAACUCACCGCUCACUACUCAUAAACAAAAGCAGAGUGGAGGAGCUGGAGCCCGUCGGCUACAGAAUGACGCUGUCAGACUUCAGAGAUAAACUCUCAGACAACACCACCUUCCUGUGCAACAUAUCCGGGCAGGAUGCAAACAUCAGUGUUCAGAAGGAUAAUAUUCUCAGCUGCUCAGCUGUAAGCCUGCUUCUGAAGAACUCCUGGUCAUGGAUGGUCUGCCUGCUGCUUUUCUUCUAUCAUACACACAGCUAAGAAAGCUAUCUUACCGAAAACAUACAGGCUACUGCACGAGCACACACAUCUAACCACGCCUCUGCUUUUUGUCUACAUCCACAAACAUCCCUUGCAUAAAAAACGCUGUCUCUCUGUCUUAUCUUUUCUUCCAAGAAGCACUGAAACAAUAUUGGAAUGUUUCCAGCAAUAAUGAUGACUCAGAUAUGGUUCAACAGAAAUAUUUAGUGAUUUGCUAUUUGUAUGCAUAAACACAGCUGUACUCUGGGUAUGUGGGUAAAUAUUACUUUGGAAGAUGCUGCAUUUGUUUCCUGUGUUUUCAAUAAAGAUACAACUGAAAACCUGAUUCUAAUUUGCUGUGAAUUCAGAGCUCACUGGACUGAGAUGGAAAGUUUGAGAUGAAAAAAAUGGAACAUUUGGGGGGUGUUGUUUAUAAUUACAAAAUCAGUCUUGUCUUCAUCUUGACACUAAAUAAUGAUUUAAAGGAGUCAUGUCUUGGCAUGAUUUAAAAAGAAAAAAAAUGCAGUCUCUUUAAAGUGUCUUUAAAGGCUCCUCAAAGAAAAAGCUAAGGAUUCAUGAGAAGCUUGUCUUUUUACCAAUCUCUUAACACCAGCUGCUAGCCUGAGCUGUUGCUCCAAUAGUCAAGACUAAACACACAGAAGUUACAUUUGAAUUUUAUGCUCUACUUUUCUGGAACGCCCUUCCAGGUAAUGUGAGCUCUGCUUCAUACUGUAGUGAUUUAAAAUCAACAAAACAGAACCUUUCUGUUUGAUCUGUUUUGCCACUGUUAUUGUAAGCUGUUACUAUUUAUUAACUGAUACUAUUUAUUGGUGUUCAGUACUGUGCUUCAACUGCAGUAUACAUUUGGCGAUCCUGUUAAUGUUAUGUUGGGGUUUUGUUUGUUUGUUUGUUUGUUUGUUUGUUUCUAUUUUUUGUGAAUUCCCUGAGUCACAUUUUAUGUAACUUUAUGUUUGUAAUGCGCUUUUAUGAAUUAAAGGCCAUGACUUCGGAUUAA